CAAAACUUAACAUCAAUGGUUAGACCACCAAGAUAUGAUUUAUUAAAAAAUAAAAAAGAAUAUAAAACCACUCAUUUCAUCAGUUCGGUACCCUAGUCUGACCAACUGAUUCGGUCAAAUUUGACUAAAUAUUUUUAUUAAUAAAAAGUUGAAAAAAAAUAAAGGAAUUUAUUUCAUGUCGAGGCAAAACCCAGGACUGAGCCCCGAAAUUCAAAGCCUCAAAACCUGAAAUUAUCCGCCAGCUGGGAAUCGACAUUUGAACUAUGAGACAUGCCUUCAAAUUUGCACCAACUGACCACCAAAAUCGUGUCUUUGUCAAAGUCCGGCUUUAUCACGACCGCUCGCAAACUGUUCGAUGAAAUGCCUCACAAAGACUCCAUCACUUGGAAUGCAAUGCUUUCAAGCUACUCUCAAUUGGGUCUUCACACAGAUGCACUCUCUCUUUUCCACCUCAUGAGAUAUACCAACACAAAGCCUGACCACUUCACCUUCACAUCAACUCUAAAUGCUUGUUCCGGCCUUGGCUCGUUUCGUAAUGGAACAAAAGUCCACGCAUUAAUCAUUGCUUUCGGGUACCAAUGCUAUUUACCUGUUAAUAAUUCUGUUAUUGAUAUGUAUGGGAAAUGCUUAGAUCCUUGUAGUGCAAGAAAAGCGUUUGAAGAGAUGGGUGGAAGUAUAAGAAAUGAAGUGACUUGGUGUUCUCUUUUAUUUGCUUAUGCAAAUUCUGGUCAGUUUAGUGUUGCUUUUGAAACCUUUUAUGAGAUGCCAAAAAGGGUUUUAGUUGCUUGGAACAUUAUGAUUACGGGUUUUGCUCGAUAUGGGGAAGUUGAAAUGUGUAUUCAGUUGCUUAAAGAAAUGAGAGAGAGUUUGUGUUGUUUUCCUGAUGAGUGGACUUUUAGUUCUCUAAUGAAUGCGUGUACCGAAUCCUUGGAUUAUGCAUAUGGGUGUACAGUGCAUGGGUUUAUUAUUAAAAUCGGUUGGAGCUCAGCUAUGGAAGUAAAGAACUCGAUUUUGAGUUUUUAUGCUAAACUCGGUUGCAUGGAUGUUGCUAUAAAAGAGUUUGAAUCUGUUGGGUUACUCAGUCAAGUGUCUUGGAAUGCUAUGAUUGAUGGUUAUAUAAAAAUGGGGAACACCAUUGAUGCCUUUCACGUGUUUCAACGUGCACCGAUGAAGAACGUGAUUUCUUGGACUAGUAUGAUUGCAGGGUAUGCAAGAAACGGGGAAGGAGAACAAGCUCUUAACUUGUUUGUUCAGAUGGUAAGAAGUUGUAUAUGCCUGGAUGAGUUCACAUUUGGAGCUAUACUUCAUGCUUGUUCGAGUUUGGCGGUACUUGGGUUUGGCAAAAUGGUCCAUGGUUGUGUGAUUAGGUAUGGCUUUCAAGCCUAUGUCUAUGUUGGAAAUGGCCUGGUUAACAUGUAUGCUAAAUGUGGGGAUAUCAAAGGGUCAAGCUACGCAUUUAAUGAAAUUCUUGAGAAGGAUUUGGUUUCUUGGAAUGCAAUGUUGUUUGGAUUUGGAAUGCAUGGGUUGUCUACUCAAGCAUUACAGAUCUAUGAUGAGAUGGUGGCACAUGGGAUGAAACCAGAUAAAGUUAGCUUUAUAGGCUUGUUAAUGACUUGUAGCCAUGCAGGCCUUAUCAAUAAAGGUCGUUUAUUUUUUGAUAUUAUGAGCUCUUUGUAUGGUCUUACCUAUGAGAUAGAUCAUGUAGCAUGCAUGGUGGAUAUGCUUGGCCGGGGUGGGUAUUUAGUAGAGGCAAAAGAGUUGUCUAGUAAAUACUCGAAAAAAGAUACUGUUGAGGCUAAGAGCAGCUCAUAUGAAGCCCUGCUAGGUGCAUGUUCCAUUCACGGGGAUGUCAGAAUGGGGGUUAGUGUCCGGGACGAUUUACAGCACAGUGUAGACUCUCAAAAAGAUAUGGGUUAUGUGUUAUUGUCGAACUUGUAUUGUGCUAGCGGGCAGUGGAAGGAAGCUGAGAUUGUGAGGAAAGCAAUGGUGGAUCAAGGGGUCAAGAAAAUGCCUGGUUAUAGUUGGAUUGAAGUGAAAAAUAAGGUGACAGUUUUUGUUGCAGGUAACAUUUCACAUCCAUAUAGGGAAGAGCUAUAUAUGAUAUUAAACUCUCUUGAUCCGGAAAUGAGAAAUCCUUGCUUUUCUAGUUUCGAAAUUUGAAUAUACAUAUAUAUACACAACACAUACACAUAUUCAGAUUCUCCGACAAGGUUCCAUUGUUUGUACUGAAUGGUUAAUAGAGAAUAAAGGUACCAAAAGGUUCUUUUGAAUUCUUUCCAGCUUCUUUGCCUGAAGAAAUUGUUAUUUCCAAGGACUUGAAGUCAGAUGUUGAUAGCAGACAUUUUAAUGGUUCAUGUUUGAGUGCUCCGGUAAUAAUGAAGCCAGUAAUGGGAUUUGAUAGGAACUCCUGGUCAACUUCGACAUCAAAAUCCUUUGAAAUUCCAGAAUCAGUGUUGUAAAAUUUGAUGCUGACAAAUCCCAGUAAAGUUUGUUGUUGGUCAGAUAAGGGCAUUGUAUGGGUGAUGAUGAUGACUUUGCCAAAGUACUAUGGAGAGAUUAAGAACAUUGAGUUAAACCCAGUUUCUCAAAAUACAUGUGAGACGGCUUAUUUCCAAGUUAAAAAGGGUUCCAAAGUUAUAAGCAGAGCCUACUGGUAGGAAGGAUGAAUAUGCCACCUUAACUAGAAAAGGUGAGAGAUCGUUAGGAACUGGACGUCUAAAGUUGUAUGUUCUGGAGAACUGGGAUUGUAACAUGGAGCAAGUUAUGGACGAAACUUAUUGCUGCACAGAGGCAGUAGUUUUAGAGCAUAUGGUUGGUUUUCAUUCUGUUACAGUUGAAAUCCAUUGGACCGAUCAGAUUAGGUUUCUCUCAUCAGAUAAAUGGUAGCCUAAGCCUAAGAGACUUCUGGGAACAUUGACCCUGCACCAUUGGAGGCAAAGCAUGUCAUGGCCUGAGAGAGGUGUCAUGAAUGUCACAUUGGUUAUGUAUUAGAGUUGGUCUCGCUAUAAGUGUUCAUAUGACCUUCAACUUACGAGGUGCUUUUUUUUGUGGACAAAAUCGUGAGGCUCAAUGGAUUGAAAUGGACAAUACCUUGCAAGUUGGUGGGAACCAUGAAAUUUGGUAUCAGAACAGGCUCUGGUGGUGCUAAUAAUAUGCCAUUAGGACAGUUGGCCUUUGUUGGACUAGAGGAGGUUGUGAUCUUAAAGAGAAGCCAUGAAUGCUACCUUGGCUGUCUUCUAAAGUUGGUCUUGGUAUACAAUUGUCCGCACUACUUUCAUCCUAGAAGCCCAAUGAGUUAAAGUAGACAAUGCUCAUUCAAUAUAUUUAUUAAUGUUUUGGCAAACAAAAAGUCUGUGUAUUAAUAAUGUCUAAAAUAUUAACAAUAUCUCUUGAGGAAGGAAUGUCUUAGGUCAGUUUGUGAUACUUAA